CUGCUUGCUGACUGAUGGGCGCCGCCGAUGAGGGAGAAUGCGGCCAAAGCAUCUCUACUAGCGAGCAUCAAACUCUGAAUUCCCAAUAGUCGCAGUUCACGGGAUACCAACCCUUGCCGCCGCCCUGCGACGUGCAUGUCCCGUCAGCAUUUCUGGGCCGCACCCGCAGAAUUGCAACCAUGGCUCUCACAGAACUGGCAUUCUUGCACUUCAACGACGUGUAUCACAUUUCCAAGCAAGCGAGGAUCGCCCGGUUCCUGACGCAGUUGCAAUGGUAUCGCAAGAAGCACGCGCAUCUGGCCCCUUACACCAUUUUCAGCGGUGAUGUGUUUUCACCCUCUCUCGAGGCAUCGAUCCUUCAGGGUGCCCAUAUGGUCCCUCUUCUGAGAGAACUCAAGAUCGACCUUGCGUGCUAUGGGAAUCAUGGUACGAGACAUGUCCCUCGCCACUGGCCGAACAUGCCCUAACAAGAUUGGGGAUCUAGACUUUGACUUUGGCGAGCAGAGGCUCUCUGAGCUUACCGCGGAGACGAACUUUCCCUGGCUGCUGUCCAACGCGUUUCGACGCAGUAGUAGCACCACGUCCGACCUCUAUAACGGCACAGAGCGAGGGCAUGCCGACGGCCGUCUGCUCGCAGGCGCUGUCAGGUACCACACGGCCGUCCUUCAAGGAUUCAAGGUGGGCUUCUUUGGCCUCGCCGGCACCGACUGGCCUUCAAACUGUCGUGAGCUCCCCCACUGUACGAUCGCGUCCCCUGUCGACGUCUCCCGGGCAUGCGCCCGCCACCUGCGCCAGAGUGCGAAAUGCGACCUUGUUGUAGCCCUCACGCACAUGCGACUGGCCGAGGACAUCGAAGUGUCCGAGGCGCUGCGAGCCGGACCCCCGCAGGAGCGCGUCGACUUGUUGCUGGGCGGCCACGAUCACGAGCUGCUGCGGCGAUAUGGCGGCGAGGUUUCUGCUCAAAGCAAGAAUCCAAUGGUCAUCGACUGCAGCCAUGCUGCGCGGCACGACUCCAAAGAUCCCGUAGGCGAGGUCCCACAGGCACGUGGCGACAUCAGGAUCGUCAAGAGUGGCACCGACUGGCACUCCCUCUCCUUCGUGCGAAUGUACGUCGGCCGCACAGCCGGUGGUGUGGCGACGCUCGAGUCCGUCGCCGUUGAGCAGAUUCUGGACCUGUCAGCCGUCCCAAUGGACCCCGUUGUUCUAUCAGACAACGAAGCGCGCGUACGAGCCUGUUUGCGGGGCGUCAAUGAUCGUAUUGAUGAGCUUGGUGCAGACCCCUUGGUACAUACCACUGUUGAUCUAGAGGGCACUGGCACCAUCAUCCGCUCUUCGGAGUCGAACUUGGGCAACAUGCUGGCCGACAUUGUGCGCGCAUAUUAUCUGGUCGACAUUGCUCUUGUCAAUAGCGGCAGCAUUCGAUGCGGCAAAGUCAUCCGUGCCACAAUUUCUGAUGCGCAGUCGGCUGGAUCCGGCAAACCACCUUUGACAGUACGGGACUUGAUAGAGAUUCUUCCCUUUGACAACGCUCUCAUGGUCAAGCGUGUCACCAGUGAAGCUCUGCUGGAGGCACUGGAGAACUCAUUCUCCGAUGCCCACACAGAUGGACGAUUCUUCCAGUAUGCCGGCCUGACCGUCGUCGCUGACUGGACUCAGCCAGAAGGCAGUCGUGUUCUGGAAGCAUGGUUCUGCCCAGACAAGAGCAGACCAGAGACUCGCACACGUAUUUGUCGAGGAGACGGUCGCAGCUUCACGACUGCCAUGAUUGCUUUUAUUGCCGAAGGCUUCGACGGCUAUACCUGCUUCAAGGAUCAAGAAACCCUGGUCACCGAAGAAGGUGCCAUCACCGACACACAGCUGCUGCUGCGCACACUCGGUUAUGGGCAUCACGAAGAGGGCGAACAACAUGACGAGGCCGUGGACGAGGACGAAGCCCGUUUUAGGCGUGCGCGUGAGGUUAUCGUGACGAGCUGGGACAGGUUUGGCCUGCCGGUGGUAUCACCAGUCGUUGAAGGGCGCAUCACUAUAAGAGGGGAUCGUUCAACGUUCACGUAAGUUGUUGGGUCAGUUUUUUACAUUAUAGAGCCGAAGCUGAACUUCAAAGCCACAAACUGUAGAGCUUUUGAUCCCCACGCACGUACAAUUUUGCCAUAGAGGGUUGAAGAAAUAGAUUCCCCGCUAUGUAGUAGUGCAUAUCAAUGAAAAUAACGGAGCGUAUGAGCCAG